UGAAGGAUUAUUAUCAACUAAUGGAGGAAUAAUCGAUGGAGGCGGACAGAAGUUUUGGGCUCGCCUGGGUCCUCCUGCUGCUGUUGGGCAUUACAGCCGCCACAGGGAGAGAAGUAUGUCUCGGGACCGAUAUGAAACUGGCUUUACCCUCCAGUCUGGAAAAUCAUUAUGAAAUGCUCAGGCUGCUCUACACAGGCUGUCAGGUGGUUCAUGGUAACCUGGAGAUCACACACCUGCAGGGCAAUCCAGACCUCUCUUUCCUGCAGGAGAUAGUGGAGGUUCAGGGGUAUGUGCUGAUAGCUCACGUCUCCGUGCGCUCUCUUCCACUGGACAAUCUGCGGAUUAUACGAGGCAGUCAGCUUUAUAAAUCCAACUAUGCUCUCGCUGUACACAACAACAGCAACAGCAGUCAGGCUGGACUCGGCCUGAGAGAACUUCGCCUCAGGAGUCUAACAGAAAUCCUGCUUGGUGGGGUUUAUAUUUGGGGAAAUCCCCAGCUUUGCUUUCCUCGGAACAUUAACUGGGAAGACACAGUUAGUAAAGUUCAAAACAAACCACUGCACCUGCAAGACAUUCCAAAAAACUGUCCUCGUUGCUCUUCAGCUUGUAAAUCUGGUGGAUGUUGGGGAGAAAAAGAUCAGGACUGCCAAACAUUGACGUCUGUGAACUGCUCAUCUGGCUGUUCGCGCUGUAAGGGCCCGAAACCCAGUGACUGCUGCCAUGUCCAGUGUGCUGCUGGUUGUACUGGGCCCAAAGACUCGGAUUGUCUGGCCUGUCGACACUUCAAUGACAGCGGGACAUGUAAAGACAGCUGUCCACCGCCCACUAUCUACGACCCAAUCACCUUCCAGUCCAAACCCAACAAAGACAAAAAGUUCAGCUUCGGAGCCACCUGUGUUAAACAGUGUCCCCAUAACUACCUGGCAAUGGAAGUGGCAUGCACAAUGGUCUGUCCCAAAGCCAACAAGGAAGUCAUAUCUGUGGAGCCAGACGGCCAAGAAACACAGAAAUGUGAAAAGUGUGAAGGAGAGUGUCCAAAAGUGUGUUAUGGUCUGGGAAUGGGAAACCUGCAGGGAGUUUCAGUGGUGAAUUCAACCAACAUCGGCAUGUUCACCGGCUGCGAGAAGAUCUACGGCAGUUUGGCUUUUCUUUCAGACUCCUUCAAAGGAAAUGCAGACACCAAUUCAUCCGGCCUGCAACCCAGCGAUCUGGAGAAGUUGAAGACGAUAGAAGAAAUCACAGGAUAUCUGUACAUAGAUGCAUGGUCAGAAAACUUGCUUGAUCUGAGUGUUUUUGAAAACCUGAAGGUGAUCAGAGGACGAAUGCUUUACAAGGGUGUUUUCUCUUUGGGAGUUCAGUCUCUGCAGAUCGAGUCGCUGGGAUUGCGUUCUUUACGCAGUGUCAGUGGAGGUUUAGUGCUGAUUCAUAAUAACUCCAGACUGUGUUACACCUCCUCUCUGCCCUGGACCUCACUGCUCCACCCAACACAAGGACCAAACCUCAUCAGCAACAACAACAAAGACCAGCAAACAUGUGUUUCAGAGGGGAAAAUAUGUGACCCCUUGUGUGGGGAUUCAGGUUGUUGGGGUCCAGGACCCAGUCAAUGUGUGUCUUGUCUGAAUUACAAACGAGGAACUGAGUGUGUGGAGCUGUGUAAUGUCCUACACGGGUCAGUGCGGGAGUUUGAGGAUGGAUUUAACUGUGUUCCUUGUCAUCCCGAGUGUCGACCAAUCAAUGGCACUGCCUCCUGUACAGGCCCAGGUCCAGAUCAGUGUACAGACUGUACGCACUUUCAAGAUGGAGACGUGUGUGUCGAGCGCUGUCCCAGUGGAGUCAAAGAGGAACAACACACUGUGUGGAAAUACUCCAAUGCUACGGGACACUGUCUGCCCUGUGAGACCAACUGUACUGUCUCGUGUCCACUGGAUGAUAGAGGGUGUCCCAUUCAACAGAAAACUGGGCCCGGCACAACAGUUGCAAUCACGGUCGGUGGAGUGCUUCUCUUCAUCAUUUUGCUGGCUCUGCUGGUGUUUUACCUACGGCGACAGAAACAUCAGAAAAAGAAAGAAACCAUAAGGAGACGCCUACAGGAGCAUGAGCUGGUGGAGCCGCUGACCCCGAGUGGAGCAAUGCCAAACCAGGCUCAGAUGCGGAUCCUUAAGGAGACAGAGCUGAAGAAGCUCAGAGUGCUCGGCUCCGGAGCCUUCGGCACCGUCUUCAAGGGUAUCUGGGCUCCUGAUGGGGAGAACGUGAGGAUCCCUGUGGCCAUCAAAGUUUUACGUGAGAACACCUCACCCAAAGCCAACAAAGAAAUCCUGGAUGAGGCUUAUGUGAUGGCGGGUGUAGCGAGCCCAUAUGUGUGCCGUUUGCUGGGAAUCUGUCUGACAUCAACGGUUCAGCUGGUUACUCAGCUCAUGCCAUACGGAUGCUUGUUGGACUACGUCAGAGAGAACAAGGACCGAAUUGGCUCUCAGUAUCUCCUCAGCUGGUGUGUUCAGAUUGCAAAGGGAAUGAGUUACCUUGAAGAAGUGAGGCUGGUUCACAGAGAUCUUGCGGCUAGAAAUGUUCUGGUGAAAAACCCAAACCACGUGAAGAUUACAGACUUUGGGCUUGCCAGAUUGCUGGACAUCGAUGAGAAGGAGUACCACGCUGAUGGAGGAAAGGUGCCGAUCAAAUGGAUGGCGCUGGAGUCUAUAUUACACCGGAAGUUUACUCACCAAAGUGACGUGUGGAGCUACGGGGUGACCGUGUGGGAGCUGAUGACCUUUGGCAUGAAGCCGUAUGAGAGUUUUCAAGCGCGGGACAUUCCAGAGCUGCUGGAGGCCGGGGAGCGACUCUCACAGCCGUGCAACUGCACCAAAGAAGUCUACAUGAUCAUGGUCAAAUGUUGGCAGAUCGAUCCUGACAAUCGACCGAGAUUUAAGGACCUGGUGGAGGAAUUCACCACCAUGGCACGGGAUCCCUCACGUUAUGUUGUCAUCCAGAACGAAGAUCAGAUGAGUCUUUCGAGUCCUGUUGAUAGCGAGUUCUUCCGCAUCUUGAUGGCAGAGGAGGGCGGGAAUGUGAAGGAGUUUCUGGAUGCAGAGGAAUACCUGGUACCACAACCUGGCAGCAUCUUCAACACACAUGGAGAAAUGAGAGCCAACGGGCCGAGCAGACACCACUCACACCGGAGUACAGAUCAAAUGGUAGAGGUGGAUGGUUUGCCCAAUGGGAGAGAGUUGUAUUCUUCUGUCAGCAUGAUAGAACAGAGUCAAUACCCAACUCUUCCUGUGGGCGCAACAGCCAAUGGCAUGUGGCCUGGGACACAGUACCCGCCUCUAGCCCGGAGCAUAUCACACCGCUCAGCUGGAGGCCAAUCAGACUCUGUGUUUCUGGACGGUUACGUGGAGGACAGCUGCCCCCCAUCCAGCCCUUGUCGCUAUUCUAAAGACCCCACCAUGCCCAACGGCAUUGAUGGAGAUCUGGAGACUGAUGGCAACAUGGUUUUCCUGUCUCACACACUGCCACGAGGAACACACACGCAACCUGAGUAUGUGAACCAGGACAUAGCAUCAGAGCGGCCCAGCACACUUCCACGCAAGGCCAGCGAGAGGAGAUUCAUCCUCAAUGGCCUCAGCACAGGGAACAGUGUGGAGAACCCAGAAUAUCUGGUGCCAAUAGGCAGCAUCACACCCACCUCGCCAGCAUUCGACAACCCCUACUACCACGAUAUUGCAGCAAAAGCUCAGGUAGUGGCCAGAGUGGCCAUAAAUGGAGGAACAAAUCACAGGCAGCCCAACGGAUUCAUGACGCCCACCGCAGAAAACCCAGAGUACCUGGGCCUGGCAGACACAUGGAGCGGCCACAAGGAGUACACCUAAAGCUUUAGUGUGGGUGUGUGUGUGAAUGAGUGUAGUGUGUGGAGAUAAAUGUGUUGUGAGUUUGUGUGGAUGUAAACUUGCCAAUGAGACUGC